AAUUAACUACCACUCUUAACAAAUUAAUUGUGAAAAAGUGAUGCUGAUUUCAGUAUAAAGUCACUGAAACUUUCACGGUACAGUCACUUGGGAUUUACAGUAGCAUCUGUGCGAUACACUAAGACUACGAAACUCUUACCUCAAACAAGCCUACCAACCCGCAAAUCAAAGAUGAUGCUAAAAGCUGUGCUUCUGGCCGUGCUGGCAACUUUGGUGACUGACGCCAGCGCAAGGGUUCCCCACCCCAAAGUGAAGGACUACGAUGAGUUGGACCUGCCUAUCUUCAACUACACUCUCGACAACGGUGUCUUGGAAGAUGUCCUUAACGUCUCAGUCACCUACGCUGUCUCCGACGGGUACUUCUACCCCACAUUCGGGGAAGAAGAAGAAGUGACCGGCGACAACUGGUACAACCUCACCAUCCCCAUGCAGUACCCCAACUCCUUCGUCGUUCUCCUGAGCCAAUACGGAUUAGUGAAAGCUGGCGAGAACGUGACUCAAGACGGGUUCAUAUACGCGGAGGCCGGGGACAGCAAAUUCGCCCUCAAGUUGAACUUGAGCGUGACCAGCGAUGGCGACGACGACGUGGUGGUCGACUACUUCGCCGCGGAGGUGGCCGCCGAGGAGAUCGUCCUCAAACUCGUCGAGAACCCGGUCGAGGAAGAGGAUCCCCUGGACCAGAACCAAGCCGCCAAGGAAGGCUUCCUCAAGAAACUCACCGAGGUCUACAGCAACGCCAUCGUCCCCUACCUCAACCAGCCCGUCCAGACCGAGGAGGAAGGAUCCGUCAGCCUCGCCAAAGUCAGACGCCAUCUCAAGCGCGGACCCCUCAAGCACCUCAAACUCCCGAAAUCCCUCACAUUCUAGACGCACACGCUCUCACCUCGUUGUCUCCCGGACGAAAGAACGUAACUCCAUUCCAAUGUUGUCAAAUUUCCCCUCGAAAAUUGUCUAAUAAUCAGGAGAAUUUUGGGUAGUUCUGACAGAAAUUUUCCCUGAUUUUUCUCUAGAUUCCAAGCAAAAACAGAGAUAUUUUGGAUACAAAUUGCUUACGUACAUUUUUGUAAAAUAAAUUAAUUGUUUAAGUCAAUUUGGCAACCUUGAAAUGGAGUUACGUUCCUUCGUGCGGGAGACGACGACCUGUUCUUUAAAGUUUCAUUCAACGAUUUGGGAUUGAAGGGAAAACUGUAGCCGUAAAAUGAAUCGAAUUCAAUAAAACACAAAAGUUAUGCGAACGCAA